AUGGUAUCCUGUCCCAUUUGCGGGAAUUCGGUCCCCUCCUUGAGAAUCAACGACCAUAUCGAUUCCAACUGCCAGAGUUUCAUAGGCGAAACAGCCUCCGAUCCCCCAUCGUCCCAGAAAGGGAACGUUCCCAGUCUCUUCCAGCCUACUUCAGCUCGAAAAGCGUCUGCGCAAGCUAGCUUACAGAAGGAAUCGUCACAAUCAGAUGCCUCGCCUCUGCGGAGCGUUAACGGAAAGGGAACCCACGAUACAGACUCGCCGGUGGAACGGAGUAGAACAAGGCCAGAUGACUUCUCCACAGAAACGCAGUCACAGCCGAAACGACCAAAGACGAAUGCAUUUCAAAGAGCCGCGCCGCUAGCAGAGCGUAUGCGCCCCCGUACAUUGGACGAUGUCUGUGGCCAGGAAUUGGUUGGGCCAAAUGGCGUCCUCCGCGGGCUGAUCGAGCAGGAUCGGGUUCCAAGUAUGAUUCUCUGGGGCGGUCCUGGGACAGGCAAAACAACAAUAGCGAGGGUAAUUGCCUCGAUGGUAGGCAGCCGGUUUGUGGAGAUCAACAGUACCAGCACGGGAGUCGCGGAGUGCAAGAAGAUCUUCUCGGAUGCCAGGAAUGAAUUGAGCCUUGCUGGCAGGAAGACGAUUGUAUUCUGUGACGAGAUACAUCGCUUUUCCAAGUCGCAACAAGAUGUCUGGUUAGGGCCUGUGGAAAGUGGACAAGUCACGCUCAUAGGUGCGACAACGGAAAACCCAUCGUUCAAAGUACAAAGCGCACUGCUCUCCAGAUGCAGAACGUUCACUUUGUCCAAACUUUCUGAUGAAGAGGUCGAAUCUAUUCUCUUCCGGGCCCUCAAGUUUGAAGGGCCGAACUAUUCGCCCUCAGAAUUGGUGGACGAAGAGCUGGUCAAGUAUCUUGCAAGAUUUGCAGAUGGUGACGCGCGAACCUCUCUCAAUCUCCUAGAACUUGCCAUGGACCUGUCGAAGCGGCCGUCGAUCACAAAAGAUGAGUUGAAGCGGUCGUUGACCAAAACGCUGGUAUACGAUAGGGCAGGGGACCAACAUUAUGAUACCAUAUCGGCCUUUCACAAGUCCCUUCGUGGCAGCGAUCCAGAUGCAGCAUUAUAUUACCUCGCGCGGAUGAUUCAAUCUGGGGAAGACCCGUUGUACAUAGCAAGACGCCUCAUCGUUGUUGCAUCUGAGGACAUUGGUCUGGCGGAUAAUUCGAUGUUAACGCUGGCCAUCUCCACACAUUCUGCCGUGGAAAAAAUUGGCCUUCCUGAAGCACGAAUCAAUCUAGCACAUGCUACGGUGGCUAUGGCGCUAUCAAAGAAGAGUACCCGCUCUUAUCGUGGCCUUAACAAUGCGUUUGCUGCCUUGAAUGAACCGGGGAUCGCUGGACUACCAGUCCCCAUACAUUUGAGAAAUGCUCCCACGCGAUUGAUGAAAGAAUUGGGUUAUGGAAAGGAGUACAAAUAUAAUCCGAACUAUGUUGAUGGCCAGGUUGCGCAGGAUUAUCUCCCUGAGACUCUGCAUGGCCGGCGGUUCCUCGAGGACAGGGAUCUAGGCACGGCGAUUGACCACGACUUGAAUGACUGA